CACGUUUUGUCUGUUACGUACCAUAUCAACCCCCGCCUGGGUAGUACUUCCAUCCAUCUGCAUCAUGCAUCAUGCAUCAUGUCCCGAUCUCUGCUCCCCCCACUCCAAGGCCAUGUUGAACAAAAUCGCACCAAGCUAUCUCCUGCAAUCACCGCUGAGCACGCCUGUGGCGUUGACACGGUUGUUUUCCAGCCUCUAACUGAUGAGGUCGAGGACAGACACUUCGUCGCCGACUGGUCCUUCUCUACCGGCAAAUGGAAAUUUCUCGCAAUCUUCGAUGGUAUAGAGGCCGUGGAUUUUGUGAAGGAAAGGUUGCCGGCCAGUAUCAAGAUGGCCAUCUCCUCCGAGCUAUUGGACAAGGACCGGCUUCCUGAUACAGUGAUAGCAAAGCUUCUGCAGGAUUGCAUCACCCAGGUUGAUGAGACCAUUCGCGUCGAUGUUGAGAGAUUUUUUCCUGGCGGGGAGCAGGAAAUAGCUCAGCUUAGUGACGACGAAAUCAGACGAGUAAUCCAAGACCCCGAUGAGCCCAGUCGAUCAUCUGUGAAGAUAUUGCGAGCGAGGACCGGCACAACGGCGCUGAUAGCUCUGGUUGACCCGCUCAAGGCAAUUCAUAUUGCGAACUUGGGCGAUUGUCAAGCAUUGAUCUGUCAGCCAAAGCCUUCAGAAGAAGGCUGGGGUGUGAGAUUGCUUACCCAUGUGCACAACUGCGGUAACGAAAAUGAGGUCGAGCGUGUUAAGCAACAACACGCAAACGAAGAGGAAUGUGUAUGUAACCAUAGGACGUUGGGACUGAUUACUCUUACAAGAGCUCUAGGUGACAUGGUCUUCAAACUUCCAUAUGUUUACACCGAGCGUGUCUUUGCCCUGGCGGAACCUCCAUUCCACCCGAACUAUAGAUUCUGGGACCUCGCCAAUCGCCUGAAGACACCGCCGUACCUUUCUACUACGGCCGACGUUGUUCACAUUCGACCUUCGUUUACGAACGCCCGCUUAAUUCUCUCCUCUGACGGAUUGACCGAUAUUUUUUCACGAACACACAAAGCCGAGCAUAUCACAGAAGCCAUCUCGUUGUGGCUCAAUAAAGGGAAGGAGGAACGAGCGGGCUGGGACGAGCACGGUCGCAACGCAGCUGUGGAAUUGCUGUUUCACGCACUGGAUGGUACCAAAGAGGACGCGAUUUUUUCGCAAUUUUUUGUUAGAUCGGGCAGGCGUGUCGAUGACACCACGGUUCUUGUUCUUCCAUUUGAUAAGCUCUGACUCGAUAUAGAGAUUAAUAUCAACUCUGUAUUGUGGAGGUGAGAGAUUUAUAAGGCUGGACACUUGUUUAAUAUAUUUAUCCUAUUACUGACCUCGUCUUGUGGUCGCACUCUGCACUUGCCACGGUGGGGUUGUACAUAGCACGGGUAUCCUAAUGUAAAACCUAAUAAAAAUAACAAUACAUAACACGUUCGCUGUAGGGUGGUCCUAGCACCCCAGCGACGAGCACGCCUGAGGUCUCUCAUCGAGAACAAGGC